UGUUAGGAGGAGUAAGUGAAUUUGAUUGUCGUCAGAACCAGAUUGCCAUAUGAGUUCUGAAAAGCGUUUGGCUCCUGAGAAUAACUGCUCUAAAAAUAGAUUUGGAGGAGAGGUUUCUCUUGGGUCCAGUUUCAUGUUCCAGCUGAGCUGGCUAUAGGGAACUUAUUUGCUCCUGUUGCAAGACUACAGUGAGGAUAAAUCAUUUCUGCCUUCAACCUUAAUUUUUGGAGAUAUCGACACACUUGCUCUGUCUCUGGAAAUCAAGCACUAAUGUUAUGGCUGACGACACAGAGACGAAGCAUGGAGGAAGCAAGAACGGAAAGAAAGAAGGCCUCUCUGGAAGCUCAUUUUUCACCUGGUUUAUGGUAAUUGCUUUGCUGGGAGUUUGGACAUCAGUAGCAGUUGUCUGGUUUGAACUUGUAGAUUAUGAAGAAGUUCUAGGCAAGCUUGGGAUAUACGAUGCUGAUGGAGAUGGAGAUUUUGAUGUGGAAGAUGCUAAAGUAUUGCUAGGCAAGUACAAACACAGGUGGAAUAAUCUAUAUA